AAAGUGCGCAGCAACUAUAGUCACAUUGAGCAUGGUUAAGGCGAACAAGAAGAAAGGCAGGCCUACAUCCCUUACUAGCACAGAAAACACAACACUUGUCACUGACAAUUCUGGUAAGUGGACUUCAGGAAAGUGUAAAGACAUACUUAGAAGCGUGAAUGCACCCUUGAAAGGCGACAUAGAAGUAAUUCGACAACGCUGCGUACUACUCAAAGACUUACAAGCUCUUGGCGUUGGAAGUGUACUGGUGCUGAAGGUAGAUGCAGCACGUCGACUAUGCAAUCAAUUGGAGCUCGCCCAAGGGACUAAAGUGGAGAUGGUGGAGCGCAUCGGUAGGACGUUAAUGAAUCAAGUAGUACGGCAGCAGAACGACGCGUUGAUAGCAGCCAUAAGAGAUGAGUAG